AUGUCGUCUUCUGUCUUCUUCAAGUUCAAGUCUCAGAAGGAGCCAUCUAGGGUCGAGUUUGAUGGUACUGGUAUCUCUGUGUUCGAGCUCAAACGUGAUAUUAUCAUCAAGAGUGGAUUAGGUGAUGGAACAGAUUUCGACCUCGCAAUAUAUGCCGACAAUGGCAAAGAUGAAUAUGACGACGAUACAACUCUUAUCCCUCGUUCGACAUCAGUCAUCGCCCGACGAUUACCACCAAGCAAACCUGGAGCCGGUCGAGCCGCAAGAUACAUGUCUGGCAAAAUGCCAAUCAAUAUGAAGAACUCAUCCCGAAAAGAACAGGUGGCGAACAAAUCAUCUACGACAAAGUCAACAACAGCGCCUACAGCUAUACACGCUGGCAUGACGGAGGAGGAACAGAUGGCUGCUUUGUUCGAAGCACAAAAUGCUCAAUGGAACGCAACGCAAGAUGAGAUGGCCAAUCAAACACCUGUCUUCCGACCUGGUGCAAAGAAGGGUCCUCAAGCAGCAGUUCCGGACCGUGAUCCUCCAUUAGGCUAUAUUUGCUAUAGAUGUCAAGAGAAAGGACAUUGGAUUCAGGCAUGCCCUACAAAUGAUGAUCCAAAUUUUGAUCACAAACCUAGAGUAAAGCGUACCACUGGUAUACCACGUUCAUUUCUGAAGACUGUCGAGAAACCAGCGGCACUCAUUAAUGAUGGUACUACGGAUGAGACGAAGUUGCCAUCAGGAGUUAUGGUAAAUGCUGAGGGAGAUUUUGUGAUUGCGGAGCCUGAUAAGGCUUCAUGGGAAAAGUUCCAAGCCAAGACGAACUCUUCGGCGGCGGCACAAAAGGCAGCAGCUGCUGGUGACAAGGAAUUGCAAGACUUGGGAUUAGAGUGUUCGAUCGACAAGAGAAUAUUCAUAGAUCCAAUGAAGACGCCGUGUUGUGAGAAGACGUAUUGCAAUGAAUGCAUUACUAACGCGCUUAUCGAGUCCGAUUUCACCUGCCCUGGAUGCCAAACUGAUGGGGUCCUCAUCGAUGAUCUUAAACCUGAUGUUGAGAUAACGACAAAAAUAAAGAAGUAUCUUGAAGACAAGACGGCCGCAAAGAAAGAUACUGAAGCCAAAGAGAAAUCCAAGUCUCCGCCUGUAAAACGAGAACUUACUCCAGCUGCUGCUGAUGUCAAGUCUCGCACUAAAUCACCAUCGCCUAAACCUGGCUACAAAAUGGGUCAAGUUGCUACUAAACCUGCGAAGGCAAAGUCGCCGCCAGUCAAGACUUUGUCCCCAAAUAACGGCAAAUCUACCCUUGCCCCACCAACCGCUCCAUCUGGGCCCAACAACAAAAAACGCCCAGCAGAUGAGCUUCUUGAAAACCCUAGGAUUCCCAAAGGUCCAAAGGCUAUGCAGCAGCAGCAAGCUACCCAACAGAAGAAUUUACUUCUUCAGCAACAGCAAGCCAUGAUGAAUGGUUAUAACAUGAACGGUUUCCCCCCGGCAAUGGGCAAUGCCGGAUGGAAUGGUAUGCCAAAUAUGAUGAUGCCAGGUAUGAACGGGAUGCCUAUGAUGGGCAUGAAUGGCAUGAACCCUAUGAUGAACUUUGGGGGGUUUCCCAACAUGUAUGGGAACAUGAACGGAGGUGGAAUGGGCAUGAACAAUGGAGGAGGAAUGAACAAUGGAGGAGGAAUGAACAAUGGAGGAGGAAUGAACAAUGGAAUGGCUGUAACAAAUGGGUUCCCAAAUCAGCAAAAAACUAUUUUCGCUGAGCCACUCCCAAAUGAGGAGGAUAAUGCGUAUUUCCGCAAACCGGUAAAUCCACACCGACAUCAAGGCAAACAGAGACGUAACCGUCCUAGCGACUACAGGGAGUUGUGA